AGACUCAAGUCGUAGGAAAGAAAUUAACCAUUUUAAAUUGAUUUAUAAUUGACACGUUGACAUAAAAUUUUCAAUUAAACGUUCAUUAUGCAUAAAAACGCUUCGUUGAUUCUGCGAAUCCUAUCAUCUUCGGUAUGCAUCUCAGAAAAGGCUGGUUCGAUCAUCAGAGAAAUCAUCAAAAAAGGAAAUCUGAACAUUAUAGAUAAAGGAUUCAAUGAAUUGCAAACUGAAGCUGAUAGAAGUUCGGAAAAAUGUAUUGUUAAAUCAUUGGUGAAUAAAUUUCCCAAAUUAUCGGUCAUUGGCGAGGAGAAUCUUGGAAUAAAUUAUGAGGUUCCAGCUGAUUGGAUUGUAACUAAACAAGAUGAAACAGUAUUAGUACAUGAUUGUCCGUCAGAAUUUCAAAAUCUCAAAGAGGAAGACGAUGUUGUUGUUUGGGUAGAUCCAUUGGAUGGAACAUCUGAAUUCACUCAAGGUUUGCAUGAUCAUGUAACAAUUCUAAUCGGUCUAUCGGUGAAUGGAAAAGCUGUGGGUGGUGUUAUUCAUCAACCAUUCUUUAAUUAUAAUGAGCCGCAACCUGGCCGUACUGUCUGGGGAUUGAUCGGAUUAGGUGCAUUUGGAAUUCCACGAAUAAUGCCACCAUCAAACAAAAUGAUCGUAACAACAACUCGUUCACAUAGUAACGAAACGAUUAAUAAAGCUGUCGAAGCUUUUUCACCCAAUUAUGUUGUUCGUGUUGGCGGUGCUGGCAAUAAAGUUCUUCAAGUGAUUGAAGGAAAAGCUCAUGCUUAUGUAUUUGCUAGUAGAGGCUGUAAAAAAUGGGAUACAUGUGCUCCAGAAGCCAUCCUUCAUAGUUUCGGCGGCCGGUUAACUGAUUGUCUGGGAAAUGAUCUAACCUACAAAAAAAAGGAAAAUUUCACCAACGAAUUAGGUGUAUUGGCUUCUUAUUCACGUGAUGAACAUGAAAAAUAUUGUUCAUUCAUACCGACAGAGAUCAAAGGUCAAAUAGUUGAAAAGGCUAAAAGCUUUUUUAAAUGCUUAUAAUUUAGAGUCUGAUAGAAUUUAAUUUUUUCCGUAAACUAAACAUUAAAAAUAAAUUUUCCCGUUAAA